UUAACUGAUUAACUCUUGAAUCAAAAUGUUUGCUAACAUUUUUCAGUUUACUAUAGCGUCUAGCUGGGCUAGGGGAGUGUCACUAGCAGCAUGCAGUCAUUCCUUUCCUUUGGUCAUUCAAACUAAAUCAACACAGCCAGCGCCAGCGCCAGCGCCUCUCUUCUGCUUGCAAUCUUCGUUACUUUUACAGAGAUCUGCGUUGGAAAAGGAAGCCUUCCCUGUACCCGUCCUUCAGUAAUUGAAUAUAUAUUUUGGAUUGCAUAUUUCUUUGAUUGAUGACGCCAGAAAAGACCCAGAGCAAGAGAGCUAGAGCAAGCCGAAGAACAAACCACGCAUAUGAUACCGGCGUCUCAUCGCUCGCAGGAGUUCCGGCGAGUUGAGUUAGGCGUAGCCGCUUGGACUUGGUGUCGCUACUACUACUACUACUAGCCCGCAUUAAUGUGUCUGUCUGUUGUUUGAGAAGUGUAGUUAAGGAAUAAACCGUCAGAGAUCAUGGACCCAUUGACAGACGAAGAAAGACUCAUCCGUGCACCCCAAGAGCUGUCUCCAGCACCGUCUGCGGCACCGGUCAACUUUUUCAAGAGUGGACGUGCAAGGGUCGUCUUGUGCAUCCUCUUCUGUGAGCUGUGUGAACGAUUGACUUACUAUAGUAUCAUAGGAAACCUCGUCAUCUUCUGCACCAAUGAACUCGGGUACUCCAGUGCCACAGCAGCUGUGAUAGUUGCGGCCUUUUCCGGGACGUCGUAUUUUGUGCCUAUUUUCGGGGGCUGGGUCGCCGACUCGAUUGCUGGGAAAUACAACACGAUCUUUGGGAGUUUGCUCAUAUAUUUUGUUGGUGCUGUCACUCUACCUCUUAUCUCAAUUUACUAUGAGGACAUUGGAGAUGGCAAUGUGGGUCUCACAAACUCUCAAAAGCAAGGCUUCUUCGUGUUUGGUCUCCUGCUAGUCUCCAUGGGAACAGGAGGCAUCAAGUCCAAUGUAGGUCCUUUUGGAGCCCAGCAGAUGGAGGAUCUAGGCGAAGGGGCAGUGCAGACGUUCUUUUACUGGUUUUACUGGUUCAUCAACGUUGGCUCAGGGAUUGCCUACUCUGCUGUCGUCUAUGUCCAGCAGGAAGUUGGUUUUGGUGUAGGUUUCACCAUUCCCGCUGUCUCCAUACUCCUGGCUAUAAUCAUCCUUGUUCUCAGCCGCAACAAGUACUUAAUGAAACCUCCAGAAGGGAGCGUACUGACUAAAGUAGUGAAGAUCACUUUCGAUGGGACAAAGCAAUGUACAUGUAUGCAUGCAAACCAAGAUGAGGACCUUGAUAGCUGUCUGGACAGGACUAAGAUCUCAAAAGGGGGGCGAUACCAGGACCAAGAGGUCGAUGAUGUCAAGUCUCUGGGGCGCGUGAUACCGGUCUUCAUACCCAUCAUCAUCUAUUGGACGAUAUAUAUCCAGAUGUCAUCCACCUAUUUACUGCAAGGAGAGAGGAUGAGAUUAAAAUACGGAGAUUUCACGAUACCUGUUGCUGCCCUCAAUCUUUUCAAUGUGGUUAUCAUCCUGAUUCUUAUACCCAUCAUGGACCGAAUCGUCUACCCAUGUUUUGAGAGGAAUGGUAUGAGGUUGUCCAUGCUGAAGAGAAUAGGAAUCGGAAUGUGUUUUGCUGCCGGCUCUAUGAUUGUGGCGGCCAUCGUAGAGAUAUGUCGGAAGAACGUGAUGCGAGGUGGGGGAUUCCUAGAGCAAACGAUUGCAGACGUCACAUACAAUGCUUCGGACGUCUCUGUCUUUGCCCAGAUUCCACAGUACUGUUUGAUUGGAACCAGUGAAGUCUUCACAAGUAUCACAGGUCUUGAGUUUGCGUACUCCCAAUCACCUGACUCCAUGCAGGGUGUCAUCAUGGGGUUAUUCCUGAUGACCACCGGUCUAGGAAGCUACCUAGGGUCCCUACUAGUUAUCAUCGUCAAUGCUGCUUCAUCAGGUACCUGGAUUCCGGAUGAAAUCAACGAUGGAUUCUUGGAAUAUUUUUACUUCCUUCUUGCCGGGCUGAUGCUGCUCGACUUCCUCGUCUUCCUGAUCAUCGCACACCGGUAUAAAUACGUCAAUGGUAGCACUAGGACGGGCAGUGUAGAUUCCUUUAGCAGCAAACCUAAUGAAGAAGUGGGUUACUCUUAUAACACAGAUACGGAAUCGCUGCUUCCUCAAUCUCCAGAACAUCAGUCAAAGAGAGUUGAAAAUGAUUAUUCUUUUUCAUAGAGGUAUGUCUUGAUUGCACUAGAAACGUUUUGUCUGAAAGAUAUUUUAUCAAAGCUUUGUGAUACCAAUGUUUAUUACUUAAUCAAUUGGACAAAAUAGAGAUUUGUUUUAAGGGGUGUGAUAGAAUGACACUUUAGCUCAUGAUUGAUAUGUGAAAUUUAGAAUUGUUUUUAUAGAAUUUUUCAAAUAUUUCUUUAGAUCUUUCAAAUCAUAUCAGGGAAUUUGCACAACUUCAAUAGAUUUUAAAAUAUUUACUUUAUUCUUCUUCUUCUAUGUAGUACAGUCAACCUUUUGUGUAUAAUCAUACUUUUGGCAGGUAUAGUGUGGAUGCUAAUAUGUACAGUGCAGCUAAAAAUAAGCGACUCUAUCUAGCGGAUCUGAGUUCCCUGUACCACUUGCUUGAAUUUAGCUAAAGUGGUACAGCUGAUGGCAUCUUGGGACAGCCCAUUCCACAGUCUGAUAGUGUCAGGGAAGAAAGUAUGUUGGUAGCUAAUAGUUCUAGUUUUUAUAUUUCUAAAGACUAACAUGACCAACAGGUUUAUUUUGAUUUUAAAGGAGAAUGAAACUCUUGGAGCAAGUUAGCUUUUGUGAAAGCAGAAAAAUCAAAGAAUAAGAUGAACAAAAGUUUGAGUAAAAUAGGACUAGCAAUAGAAGAGUUAUGAGCAUUUGAAUGUCGACAUCGCUAAUGCUAUGGAGAUCCUCCCAUUGGCAAUGCGACCAAGAUCUAUGAUGUCACAGAUGAACAACUCUCCCCUUUUGGACACUGAAAAUAUAUCCCAAACAUCUCUUUUUGCUCAUUCUAAUCAUAUGACAAACGAUUCAUCAAUGAUAUAAUGUUGUGAAACCUCUGUACUUGUCCUCUCAUAAAGAGAACACCUCACCUUGUGAUAGACUCUAUAAAAGUGAGAAUAUAAGUGAAAUAAGUACUAAAGUAAUGAGGGAGUUGUACGUGUGUGACAUCGCAGAUCUUGGUCGCAUUGCCAAUGGGAGGAUCUACAUGGCAUUAGUGAUCUCAAUCUUCAAAUGCUCAUAAAUUUCUUAUUAUUCAUCUAAUCUUCCUCAAACUUUCAACAAUAUGUUUCUUUGAUUUUUCUCUUUGAUAUGGAUUCAGCUGGUUUCAAGGGUUUCAUUCUCCUUUAAGAAAAAGUACUCGGAUCAUUUACUACAGAAUUCUGAAAUGUACAUUGGCUGUGUUCAGGGACUGCCUGGUUCCAGUUUAAAGUGACUGUUCUUUGGCACUAAGAUAUGUUUACCUUUAUUGGAGAGUAGGGUCCAGAUUUGACACCGUUUUAUUUCCCAUUCACUGAGCAUGCCGCAUUGAUGCAUUACACAAAUGUUUAUAUUGUGUUUAUUUUGAAGAGGAACAUUAUAUGUUGUGUUCAUUGUGUUUGAUUUUUCUCACACAUUUUUAUUGAUGAUUGUCGACAAUUUCUUUAUCAACUUUUCAACGGAUUACGGAUAAGAGUUGGAAUGUACUAGAUUUAUUAUUUACGUCUCAUCCGUCAGAUGUGUCUUAAGUUGAUAUCGUUCCUGGUAUACAUAUAAGUGAUCAACAGACUUGCCUGUUCCAGAAGUACAGGCCUUGACUACAUACCUGAUCCUUGUCAAAGAGCUUUCUGGAGAAUACAUUACAUUGAUGAAAUAUGAGUGACCAGAAGAUCAAAGUCAAAGAGAGCUUUAAAACUGGAAUACUUGUUGAGUCUUGCCAAUUUGUCUUCGAUAAAAUGCGUGUGUGAAUCUCCAAAGUAUUACUUAAUUCUCUUAUAUAGUGAUUCCUUUCUCACGAGAACAAUUGAUGUUCAAUCAUAAGAUUCUAGCAACAGAGUAAUGAGGUUUUUGUCUGAGAAACAAACUGUGGUUGUAU